AUGUCUUAUAUUCCUCCACAUAAGCGACACUCGAAGGAUCCGGACAGACCUUCCCCUGUUCCAGAUUCUCUUGUUACAAAAUUCAAGAAAAACCUUCACUUCAACAGUAGAAGUGAUAAGCGGAGAUUCCAUUUCCCUGGAGAUUCCGUUUGCAAAUGGUUUCUUAUUGGUUCAAGUGGAGUCGAGGAUGAGAUUCCACCAUACGUGAAGCUUGUGCCCGUGUCCUCCGAUUCUGUCGAAUGCAGAAAUGGAGUAAAACCGUCAAUACUGUUGAACAACCAUGUCCAAAAAGUGAGUGAAAAAGAAGAGAGAACUCGGUGGCUGUUAGUAGCAGAGAAGGUCGUGGAGGAUCUUGUGUUGGCAUAUGAGAAAGCUAAGAAUGCAACUGAGGAAUCUCAGCACGUGUUGAGAUUGGUUGCUAGGUUUGGUAAAAUUCUCUUCUAUGGGCAACAAGCUGGUCCUGUGGCUGAAUGUUCGAGAAAACCCUCGAAUAAGUUUUCUACAGAUGUCCCAACAUCUUACUUACAACACAUCAAGUCUACGGUUGUACAAAGCCAUGGAUUCUGUAUUGACCUGGAAAAGGAGAGAUACAGUGUCAAGGUAUCGCAUGAUUCUCGUCCCAAUGAAACCAUCAUGUGUAAGUGUACCAUUAAGGAAGAUGGACGGCUCAGUAUGUACAAGCUCGACCAUAAUCUCGUAAGGCAUUUCGUUGUUGAUGUAUCUUGCAUUGAUAAGAAUCUCGACAUGAGGUUGGUGCUCACUGCCAAAAGGAAAUUCAGUACUGGUCUCACGGAGAAAGAGAUAAGUAGCAUUAAAGAGCUACUGGAUUCAGCGACUGUUGAUCCAAAUGUUAAAGGUGGUUUAAGGUGGCCGCUUGGUAAAUCUUCAUCUGGGGAUGGAUACAGAGUAUUUGAAGCUUGUCACGUUAGAGCUACAGUCUACAAAAACCAAACUAUAAGGCUUAGGCUGAGAGAGACUGAUAGAUUCAAUGAGAGGACUGGAAAAGGGGAAAUCAAUAGGGAGGUGACGUUGAUGCUUAAGGACAUCAACACUAAGUUACAGGAGGAUAACAUUGAGAGGGGUUUUGUUUUGGAAAAGCUUCGAGAUGCUCUUGGAGUCUUAUGGGAUUUCUUGCAUUGUGAUGCCUAUCUUACAGAACAAGAACCAUAUCUUGUUGGUGUUGCUAUUGGGUUUCUCUUUAAAUUUUCUGCUGUUUAA